GCUCUUCUUCGUCGCCUUCAAUCCCUCUCCAUCGCACAAUUGAUUGGGCACAUGGAGCUAACACCGAUGCCAGCUAUCUUUGUAGGGAUCUUCCUCAUCUGUCACCACCUUAAUAGCCGUCUCCUUCGUUUCCUCCCUGAGAAGCUGAUCUCCCUGCUCUGGCCUUUUUCUUGGCACCCUCCCACGAGCAAGGACGGCUUGUCGCCCCCUGCCACCGCUCUCUCCUCCAUCUCCUCCUUCAGAUCUCCAUCGUUCGGUCCCAAGGCGUCAGCCAGGGUGAUGGACCCGUCGGAGUUGAAGCGGGUCUUCCAGAUGUUCGACCGCAAUGGCGACGGACGCAUCACGAAGACAGAGCUCAGCGACUCGCUCGAGAACCUGGGGAUAUACAUCCCCGAGGCGGAGCUGGCGUCGAUGAUCGAGAAGAUCGACGUCAACGGGGACGGGUGCGUGGACAUGGACGAGUUCGGGGCGCUCUACCGGAGCAUCAUGGACGAGCGCGACGAGGAGGAGGACAUGCGGGAGGCCUUCAACGUGUUCGACCAGAACGGGGACGGGUACAUCUCCGUGGAGGAGCUGCGGUCCGUGCUCGUCUCCCUCGGCGUCAAGCAAGGCAGGACCGCGGAGGACUGCCGGAUGAUGAUCAACAAGGUGGACGUCGACGGCGACGGGAGAGUGGACUUUAAGGAGUUCAAGCAGAUGAUGAAAGGUGGAGGCUUCGCGGCCCUCAGUUAGUAGCUACCACCGAUGCCUGUGGCUGCCAUGGACAGAAGAUACAUAGGGUUGUAGAUACUGAUGAGGAAAUUGAGGUCGGGUGGGGGAAGAAGAAUCCUCGGAGAAGGAAGACAAGGAAGGACUCGAUCUACGUGACAUGCGCACGGUUGAUUUGGUGCUGAAGAGUCUCAGACUUUAUCUAGCUUUUCUUUUAAUCGGUUUAAUAACGUUAAUCUUCUUCUUCUUCUUCUUCUUCUUCUUCUUCUUCUUCUGAGCAAUGAAAUGCUUGGUAGGUUUGGGGUCUUUUGAUUCUUUUCCGAGUUCUCUACACUCACUCGUCACGACCAAAGUGCUCUGUCGACAACUACUGACUGUAUAUGUUUCGGAGAUGGAAGAAAUGCAUGUCUUCCCUGCACUUUGACCUCA